AUGGCGGCAGCCGUGGUCAAGCAUGGAGCGGGCGAGUUCGACCUGCCGCCUCGUAAGAAGCCCAAGGUCUCCGAGUUGCCCCUCUCGUCCGCUCAACGAGCGUCGAUAGAUGGCAUGCUGCACACUUUCAAGAAGAAGGGCGAGUUUGACGGCCUACGGAAGAAGGUGUUUCAACAAUAUAACGAGAGUGCACAACGUGGCAUGUUCGAAGCGGCCUUGCGAACCUUCACAACAAGCGAGAUUGAACGUGACCCGAUCAAGUAUCUUAAACCAGACCGCCGUAUGGGAGCUCCGCUUCUCGAAGGUGCAGCAGCACGUAGCGAUGUCUACAAGCAGACCGAGGCCGGCAUUGACGCUUACAUUGAUCAAUAUCUCGUCAAUGCGGAGCGAGCAUUGCGUGACAUUCGGCGCAAGGAGAUCGGUGAUGAGGCAGCGGAGGAGGAGACCAAACGUGGCGGUAAGAGUGAUGAAGCAUAUGCCGCUGAGGCCGUGGUGCGCCGUAGCGAGCGCGCAAAGAAACAUGUGGAGCAAGAGCGCUUGCGGAAGAAGCAGGAGGCGCAGGAGCGGAAGAAGGCAGAGCUUGCAGCUUUGAAGAAGAAGCAAGAAGAAUUGAUGAAGGAGACGGAGCGUCUGCAGCGUGAGCAGAAACGCCGAGCAGAACGUGAGGCGUGGAAGACCGCAGAGAAGGAACGCGAGAAGGAGCGCAUUCGCAAGUUCAACGAGGAGCGGGAACGGCAAAAGAAGGAGAACGAAGAGCGCGAGAGAGCUCUCAGAGAGGAGCGAGCGCGUAGGGAGAAGGAGAGAGCGGAGCGGGAGCAGAAAAGGCUUGAAGAAGAGGCUCUGAAACUGCUGUUGCGCGAGGGUGAACAGAUGGCGGAGAAGUCGCGACGCCCGGAGUUGGAGCGCAGCGAGAGCAUGGAGCCUCCGCCACGCUUGAGGCACUCGGCACCACGGAAUAGUCUCUCCAGAGAUCAGAUGCGCGCACAGGGUUUGAUGCCGACGAGCAUGACGCUUCGCAGGGGUGACAGAGCGCCCGGUGAACCGAGGGAAGUAGCGUCCGCCACUCCAGCUGCCGAUGAAGAUCGACGCCGCGUUUCACGCGUCCGCUCACCAUCAUCAGCUCGCUCAGGCCGUCGGCGCGAAUCCUCACCAGCGCAAGACGAGCGCCGUCCUGCCAAACGCGACACGGCGCGUCGUGAAACGCUUUACCGUGACAUCAGCGCGGAGCGAGAAGCGUGGAAAGCACGUCAGCGCCAUCGCGACACAAGCCGUGGCGAGGAAGGCGAAGUGGUAGAGCAAACGUCCACACGCGCUCGAAGUAAGUCGAGGGAGUCUGCGCGCAAUUCGUACCGUCCGCGCCGAGAGUCGCGCUCCCCGCCAAGACGCCCACACCGUGAUAGUUCGCGCUCACGGUCGCCCCCUCGCUUCCGAGAGCGACGCCGCGAAGACAGUCCGCCAAGGCGUAGAGAGCGGAGCCGAAGUCCACCGGGCAUUGAUCGCUAUGUUCCCGGCGGUAGCGCUGCAGCUGUUCGCAGACGGGAGGAGGACGAGAAGGCGCCACGCAGGAAACCCGACGAUGAGCGCGACACCGAGAGGCGCAGACGUCCACGAGAUGAUGACCGUCCGAAGGCAGUUGACAUUGACAGGUAUAUACCGCCGGGCAGUAGCGGCCGGACGGAUGAUGCGGAUAGGCCGAGGAGACGGGAGCGGAGUCGUAGCAGAGAGAAGGAGCGCCAUCGUGAGCGCAGCCGCGAGCGAGAUAGGGAGAGAGGGAAAGACAAGGAGAGGGAGAAGGAGCGAUCUGGGCGUGAGAGACCGCGUGAGACUGACAAGGAGCGUCGGCCAAGCAGCAGGGAAGGCUAGUACCCUAUUCCGGCUUUUGCCAGCUUGAGAUCUUGGUAUUAGCAUUU